ACUAACAAAAGACAGAACAAAGAGGUUCUUUGGAAGCCCUUUCUCUGCCGAAACGCAAUCGCAGCGAGGAAGCGAUUCAAUCCACCGUCGCACCGUCGCACCGUCGCACCGUCGCAGAUACGCUUUUUAUGCUCCUCGGUUUUAUUCACUUGUUGCAUGGAAUCGUCAGCAGAAGAGUAUUCUGCAUUUGAACAGAAAGUUAGUAGGACAGUGUACUUUGACAACCUGUCGCCACAGGUUACUGAAUCUGUGAUAAGAACUGCUCUUGACCAGUUUGCCACUGUAAAAAAUGUCAAAUUUAUUCCCAACUACAUUGGACCUAGCAAUCUGCCGCAAUGUGCAUUAGUAGAAUUAGAUUCUGCCAAAAAGGUCAAGGAAAUUGUAUCAAUGGUAGGACAAUAUUCUUUUAUGAUGUCUGGGAUGCCACGGCCAGUAAGGGCUCAGCCUGCUGUGAUGGAAAUGUUUGAUGAUCGGCCAAUAAAGCCUAACAGAAAGAUUAAGGUACGUUGGUUGAAGCCAAGUGAACCUGAGUUUGAGGUGGCGAAGGAACUAAAGAAUCUUACACGCAAACAUGCUGCAGAAAUAGAAUUCGUACGCAAACUGCAACUAGACGAAGAAGAGAAGCUUGCAAAGCAGCAAGAAGAAACGCUUAAAGUGCAUUACAAAAAGUUCAAGAUGAUAGAUGGUAUUAUGGCUGAUAAAACUGCCCAUCGUCUGGCGAGAAGGUAUAAUCUGCAUGUUGCAGAUGAAUGAAGUCUUCGUUUGGUCUACAAUUUACGUAAAUAUGUUUUUCUUUUUUUUGGCUAGAAUCAAGGCUUGUUGCUUCUUGCUGCUACUAAUGAUGAAGCUCAGUUCAUACAUGGUACAUAAUCAUGCCUAAAGAUAAUAUUUUGUUCCCUUUUCUUUUGAUUCAUAGUGGGUUGUUGGUGGCACUUAAAAAA